AUGUCUCACAAAUCUGAUACCCAAGAUAUCUUUACCGCAAAUAUCAUCCAGGAGACGCAGGUGACCAAGCAGGCCCUGAACGAGAUCGAGAGCCGCCACACGGAAAUCCUUCGCCUCGAGAAGAGCAUCCGCGAACUGCACGACAUGUUUAUGUAUCUGGCUCUGGAAGUAGAGGCUCAGGGCGAGUUGAUCAACAAUAUCGACAACGCAGUCGGAUCGAAUUAUGUCAAAAAGGCGGCUCAAGCAGCUACCAGUCGGAGAAACAGUCUGAAGAAGAAGGUUUGCCUGAUCACCUGCGUCUCCAUAUUGCUUUUGAUCAUCAUCGCCAUUAAUGUCGCCGUUGCCACGACAUCUUGACCUUGGCCCAUCGACGUAUGGCCCCUGCACCCCCCUCCAUCAACCCACGGCCGGGAGCUGAGUCUUAAGAUGGA